AUGUCAAUCGAGGAAAUCCCACAAGGUGCAGACGUCUCAAUUGUUCCAAACAAGAAUGAGAAAAAGGCAAAGGAACUUAUCAAGAAGCUCGGUCUUAAACAAAUCAAAGGAAUCUCGAGAGUCACAUUCAAGCAAAGAGGUAACCUCAUUUACGCCAUUGAUGCUCCAGAAGUUUACAGAUCACAAGCAGGUACUUAUGUUGUCUUUGGUGAAGCUAAGGUUGAUGACAUGAACCAAAGAAUUGCCGAGGCUCAAGCACAACAAGCUCAACAAGAGGCAUUGCAAAAAGCUGCUGCUGAUGCAGGUGCUGCAGGUGAUGACAAAUCACCAGAAGCAAUCACUGCUGAUUUGGAAAAAGCUAGCUUGCAAGGCGGUGAAUCUAACGCCGAUGCUGCAGAAGAUGACAAUGAAGAAGUCGAUGAGACCGGAAUUAACCCAAAGGACAUUGAUUUGAUUGUGGAGCAAACUCGUGUCUCAAGAGGUUCUGCUGUGAAAGCUUUGAAGAAACACGAUGGUGAUAUGGUCAAUGCUCUUAUGGAAUUAUCUUAG